AGUUCGGACACGCCAAACUCUUCUUGUCCAAACAAUUUCUAUUCUUUGUUUCAUGUCAACUUAGUUACACUUUCACAAACAACUCUCACUAAAUAAUUAAUAUAAUUACACAAUCUCUCAUCUCAACAUCUGUCAGUCUCUGAUUCUUUAUUCUCCUGGUGUUGGAAUGGCGGCAAUACUGGUUUCACACAGCUGUUAUUGCCGUAGUGUUGAUAUGAUGAACACAGAUAAUCUCAGUUUCUCCAGUUCAAUUCAAAACCAAUUUGCAAAAUUUGAGAAACAAAUAUGCAAUUCUCAGUUAAGAGACAAAAAAUUUCAAGUGGAAAUGAAGCAGGCCGAGUCAAAACCAGUCUCAAAACUAGGUAGUAAUGGUCGAGUGAUCAAAAUGGUACCCACCAGUGAGGUGAUGAAGCAGAGAAGGUUACCUAAUGGUAAAGAAGUAAAGAAAGUUAAUGGAACUAAGCAGGUUAUCAAUGGUGCUAGUAUAGUUAAGAGAGAUACUAGUUCUGCAAUUGUUAUGACAGAUUUUAGUAAGACUGAUAAACUUCCCAUUCUGGAGGAUUUUAAGGUUUUACCCUCGGAUGAAGGUUUCAGUUGGGCGAAUGCGAAUUAUAACCGCUUGCAGAGGAGUAUUGAUAUUUGGUCAUUUGUUCUUUCGUUGCGUGUUCGCGUUCUGUUUGAUAAUGCGAAAUGGGGAUAUUUGGGAGGGUUCACAGAAGAAAAGCAGAAAAUCCGAAGGCGAAAAACAGCUUCAUGGCUACGGGAACAAAUAUUACAGCUAGGCCCGACAUUUAUCAAACUUGGACAGUUAUCUUCAACGAGGUCUGAUCUAUUCCCGAAAGAGUUUGUAGAUGAGCUUGCCAAGUUGCAGGAUAGGGUUCCUUCCUUCUCAGCAAAGAAAGCAAGAAGCUUCAUUGAGAGUGAACUGGGAGCUCCAAUCGAUAUGUUGUUCAAGGAGUUUGAGGAUCGACCAAUUGCUGCUGCUAGUCUUGGUCAGGUGCACCGUGCCAUCCUGCAUAAUGGCGAGAAAGUAGUUGUGAAAGUUCAAAGGCCUGGUCUGAAGAAGCUGUUUGACAUUGAUUUGAGUAAUAUGAAGCUAGUAGCUGGGUACUUUCAGAGAAGUGAAACUCUGGGUGGUCCAACUAGAGAUUGGAUUGGUAUAUAUGAAGAGUGUUCCAAGAUUCUGUACCAAGAGAUUGAUUACAUUAAUGAAGGAAAAAAUGCUGACAAAUUCCGACGAGAUUUUCGAAAUGCGAAGUGGGUUCGGAUACCUGUGGUAUUUUGGGAUUAUACAGCCACAAAGGUGCUGACGUUGGAGUAUGUACCAGGUGCUAAGAUAAAUCAGUUAGAUCUGCUAGAUUCACGUGGAUUUGAUCGUUCUCGAAUUUCAUCACGAGCAAUUGAAUCAUACUUGAUUCAGAUUCUGAAAACUGGUUUCUUUCACGCGGAUCCUCAUCCUGGAAAUCUUGCUGUUGAUGACGAUGAAGCACUCAUCUAUUAUGAUUUUGGUAUGAUGGGAGAGAUCAAGUCUUUCACUCGUGAGAGAUUGCUUGAUCUUUUUUAUGCAGUUUAUGAGAAGGAUGCAAAAAAGGUUAUGCAAAGCCUUAUAGAUCUUGAAGCACUUCAGCCUACUGGAGAUUUGUCAUCAGUGAAGAGAUCUGUGCAGUACUUCUUGGACAAUUUGUUAAGUCAAACACCUGAUCAGCAGCAGACUUUGGCUACAAUAGGAGAGGAUUUAUUUGCAAUAGCUGUCGAUCAACCAUUUCGGUUUCCAUCAACCUUUACAUUCGUUAUAAGAGCCUUUUCAACUCUUGAAGGUAUCGGCUAUAUUCUUGAUCCGAAUUUUUCAUUCGUGAAAAUCGCUGCCCCUUAUGCACAGGAACUUUUAGAUCUUAAAAACAAGCAGCGUUCAGGAACACAACUAGUUGACCAAAUACGGAAACAAGCUAAUGAUGCCAGAAGUGUUACAUUGUCAAUGCCUGCCAGAGUUCAACGGAUAGAAGAAUUUGUCAAAGAACUUGAAUCGGGGGAUCUAAAACUCCGCGUUCGAGUGCUUGAGUCAGAAAGAGCAGCUCGGAAAGCAACAAUUCUACAAAUGGCAACUAUGUACACGGUCUUAGGGGGUACCCUACUAAAUCUCGGGGUAACCUUUGGCAGUCAAGGCGGUCAAGCUGUCGCAAAUGGAUCUUUUGUUGGAGCAGGCGUUUUCUUUGCGCUUCUUCUAAGGUCAAUGCAAAGGGUGAAGAAGCUUGAUAAAUUUGAGAAGAUGAUAUAGUUUCUAACCGUCAAGUCUGUUUCCGGCUUGCAUACAUACACAACAUAUCUCGGUAUACAAAUUCCAGUCAGUCAAUUGUAUGAUAAAUAUAAGCAGAACAAUUCUUUUGCAUGCAUACAGAAUCUGCAUGCCAUGUAUAUGCAACAGAAUUUAUAGAUAGAAAUUUCUCCCUGGUUUGAGCCAAACCGA